AUGAAGAGGUGAGAAGGAGGUGACUGGCUGGCCGAUGAAUAGAUGGAUGCUUUUUCUCCGUUCUGCGUGGCAUGCGUUGCCCACGAGUGCAGUGUGGUGAACAUCGUGAAGCAGAUUGAGAGUCAAGUGACGAUGCGGUCCAUCGCCGAGGCGAAAUCCGGCAACUACUGCGCCAGGCUCUUCUACACAUUCUUCACGUACGUAUACCUACGUCCAUGUGUAGCACACCAGCAACCAUCCACCAUCCGUGUCUCUCUGCAUCAGGCGGUUUGACCCUUGGCUGGAAGAAGAAUAUCAAGGUGGAUCGAUCACCGCAUUGUCAUGGCUUGCCGCCCUUGUCUCAUUUGGCCUGUCUGUGCAUCUCUGUCUUGGGUUCCGUCAGACUAUAAGAAUGACUACACCCGCUACAUUCUGUCGAUCUUCCUGCUGGUGUUCCUAUUGCUCUUCCCUGUACGCAUGAAUGCACACAGACCGGCACAGCCAACUGAGCUCUCUCCCCCCCCCCCCCUCUCUCUCUCUCUCUCUCAUGACUCUGCCCGUGUGUGUGCACAGGUGAUCAAUCUCUACCGUUAUUUUUUCGUCGCGGGCAUCACGGAACGUGUGCUGCUAUUUUUCCUCAUCUUUGAGGUGCCAAGUCGGCCGAUGUGCUACACUGUGCUGUCUGCAAUGCUAGUGGAUGGGUGCAGAUCUUCAUCUUUUGUCUGAGCCUGACCUUUACAUUGCUCACGUCAACCUUCCCCUACCUGCAGAGGUACGUCGACCUCUUCGUCAUCGCCAUCGCCGCCGCAUUCACCACCUACUCAUCAUUCACUCGCUCACGGGUUAACGUCCUAUUCGAGUACGCGGGUCACACGAGCGUCGAGGACAUCAGGUGCGUGCCCAGUGGGGGCGCGCCGAGCGAAGAGGUGGCGAGCAUAUGCGAGGUGUUUCUCACCAUUGUGGCCACGGGCGUGCUGGUGCCUCUCGACCCGCUGCACUACUUCAUCUUUUGUCUGUACACUCCAUCGGUGUACACGAUCCUGUGCGAGGUGCUGGGGCACAUGCUCUUCACCAACGAGGAGCUGCUCGACCUCCCAAAGGACAGCAGCCUUCAGGGGGGCAUGGGAUUGCCCUGCUCUACCAAACUCCUGCCGAUACUCCUCGUCACAUUCCAAAUCGUGAGCUGAAUGAAUCAAUGCAAUGCACGAACAAAGCCAGCGAGACACGUAGGAUGAAUGGGGCACGCUCUGUCUGCCGCUCCCUCAGGUGAUCGUCGAGUUUUUCUUGCUCGUGAGGCACGGCACGCACGCCCGUCUUUGCAUAUGUCUCCCAAUCCCUGUGUGCUGUAUCCUUGCUGUGUGCCGUGUCUGCAGCUGUCAGGGCGCCGCAACGACAUCGAACGUACUCAUGCAGAUCACAUGCGUUCAGGGCAUUUAGCUACGGUGAAACUGACAGUGACUCUUAUGUCAUGUUGAUUGCAGGUCAUAUGCAGUAUCUGCAGCUCAAGACGAACAAGUCUCUGAUGCGCAACCUCCUGGUGGAGCUUUCCACCAACCAAAAACCGCAACACGAGGCGCUGGGCACGUCGAGGCUAGAAGACACCGUCGGCUCACUGAAAAAGGUACGCAGAUGCACACUCAGGCAAACUGCCUUCCGUAUGUACGUGGCUGCGUUGGGUGUGUCUAUUGCCGUGUGCAGGUGCAGAAUGUCAUGUCUGCGUUGAUCAGCCAGAUGGGAGAAGACCCCAAGUACGGGCUGUCCGUCGGAUUGUCAUGUCUCGCUCCCCCUUUCUCUUCUGUGUCUGUGUGUGUCAGCCACCCGCUGCACGCGUACAGUGAGUUUUUCGACUUCUGCGAGAGCCAGCUCAACAUCACCAGCCAGAGCCUCUCUCGCCUCCCCCUCAGAACCGUCUCAAACCUCAACAGAGCCAAAGUGGUCAGUCAAACAAACAAUCAAUCGAUCAAGCAAUCAUCUAGUGAGCCAGUGCCAUGAUGCAACACACUUGUGUGUGUCGACGAACAAACAACGCAGGACGUGAAUGAGGAUUUCGGGCGGUUUCUGGACGAGGUGUACUUCGAUGCGGGCAUCGAGGGCCGCAAGGCGUCCGUGCCAGCCGCAAUCUCUGCACCCAUCGUGCCGAAGCGGCGGGAGUCUCGCCUCGGCACCCUCGGCACCACGAGCGACCCAGGGCCGGAACCGCCCUCGCCAGCCCUCCUGCCACGCAACUUGGAGGACAAAGCUCACAAACAGAUGGACCUCCUGAUUCCCACAACACACACUGCCGCAGCAGUAGCAGUGACACCCGCAGACCAGCUGCAGCAGCAGCAUGGGUCAUCGCGUGAUGAACAAGAGCUGGCCUCCGUCGUCGUGCCCUCGGGCGACAGCGGCUCCGUCGGUCUAGUCCCCAGCUUUUUCGGCGACCGAAGCUCGUCGCGUCACGUCACGGCCGAGAUUGACAGCAAUUCGGGCAGCACCAACGUCGUGAGCAACCUGAUAUCGUCCAUCAACAGCACCACCAAGGUGGCUAUCGACACGACUAAGGCGGCCAUCGAGGGGCUGGGCACGUCACUGGGGCUCCGCAGCCGCGCCAGACACGGCUCUACCAACUCAACGAAGACGGCCAGGGAGGCGGCCGUCACGGAACCGUCGCAACGAGAGCACCAGAGGCAUGACAGCGACCUGGGGCCCAAUACGGCCGCCCUGCCAGUGCCCAUCGCUGCUACGGCGGCACACCAAAAUUCAGACAGCACCGGCAAUAUGAAUAACAGUGGAGAGGAAGAGGCCGCUGCUCUCGCGGCGAGCAGGUGGGUGAGUGGAGUGGGUAGAUCCACGCGACGUGGAUGUGGGAUAUUGUUCAUCUGUCUUGCACUUCUAUCCAGAAUGGUGCCUUUGUGGAGCUUCGAUGCGCUGCAAGUCGAUGCGGCCACUGCCGGAGGGUACGAUAAGCCAUACCACAAGCUGUCGACCCAAUCGAUCAAUCUUCUCUCUUCGCUUUCCCCGCCUUUCCCCGCAGAGCUUUGUUUCAGGUCGGCUACAGUCAGCUUGCGGACAUAUUGGCGCUUCCCAAACGGACAGUCCAGAGCGGCCUCAAGGCAGGCGGAGGAGGGCAGCCAGCUGCCGCCGCCUAUGAUUUCGAGAGAGACGGGAAGGCAGAGCUGGAGUCGUUCCUACGGCGGCUGCAGUCGGCGUAUCUGUCCAACCACUACCACAACGCUGCACACGCGGCUGACGUCGCCAACUCGAUGCACUUCCUCAUGCAGGUAUGUACAUACGUCAGGUGGCAGAGACACAGAGAGAGGGUGUGUGUGACUGUGGAACAUCUAUGCCGUGCAGGCGACUGAUUUGUGGGCGCACACUAUCCCUGAGACGAAGGCAGCGACGUGUGUGGCAGCACUGGGUCAUGAUGUCGGUAAGUGGGUCAUGGAAACCAGGUGUGUGGCCAUGUGUGAUACAUAUGCAUAUGCCCGCAGGCCACGAGGGCAAGAACAACCAGUUCUACGUCACGACGCUGAGCGACCUCGCCCUCAAGUGAACAAGAACAGGCGCCACACAGACGUGUGUGUGCGCAUUUGCUUGUCUGCUGUCUAGAUACAACGACACGAGUGUGUUGGAGAACUACCACGCCUCCACCACCUUCGCCAUCCUCGUCGCGACAGAGAACAACUUCAUCAACAAAUGGAUGUCUAAAGAGGAGGUCAGAUACAUAGACGGCAAUACAGAGCCACGAACAAGCCAUUUUCGCUCUCUCGUGUCUCGUCUGUUCAGUUCAGUCACUUCCGGGGCAUCGUGAUAUCCCUGAUUCUAAGCACCGACCCUUCCACCCACUUCGGCGAUAUGAGUGCAUUCAGAGUGCGACUCAAGACGCCCGUAAGACAAACAAGAUCGCGGCAUGGCAGCGAACAGAGAGACAUGGGCUGUGUCGGUGUCUUUUGUGUUGUGUUAAUUCAGGACUUUACACCUCUACAUGGUGAGGACAAGAAGAUGUUGCUGAAGCUGCUGAUCAAGGCGGCCGACAUCGGGCACGCAGCCAAAGAGUGGUCCAUCCACCUGAAGUGGACGCUCCGGGUGCAACAGGAAUUCUGGGAACAGGUAAGGCAGAUGGAUGCAUCGACGAAUCAUCUCUCUCAGCCACACCCUCACACAACGCUGGAUGGCAUGGCAUGCAGGGUGAUGCCGAGAUGCUCUUAGGUCUGCCGCAGAGCCCUCUGUGCGACCGCAGCAACUCCGACAUCCCCGCCAACCAGACGGGCUUCCUCAAGUACGUCGCCAUACCACUCUUCAGCCUGGUCCAGGUGCGUGGAUAGCCGGUACCCUCGAUGUGUGUUCGCCUCAUGGACAAUCUGCGUCAUACACGGAUGCAGGAGGCGCAUGAUCCGUUCCGAGUGCUCCAGGAGACGAUCAUAUCUGUGUGUACCAAGAACAUCGAUUGCUGGGUAACCGUUAAGGAGGGACAUCGACGCGAGCAGAUCCUCGAGGACUGGCUCGACACACAGAAAGUCAAGUGGAGACCGACUCCCAAAAGGUCUGUCUGCCACUAUGACGUGUGUGCGAGUGACAGAGAAGGAUACGUAUGGGCUGAGUGUGGUGCGCCUUUGGAUGCAGGGACUGUUCUGGUGGCGAGGCCGCGGCGGGUAGCAAUGAGGCUGAAGAGACCUCAGCCCACUGACAGACAAGAGGUGUAUGCAGAGUAGUUGGAUCAGCCAGCCAGCCAGCAGGGCGGCGCGCACACAUUGCCCUCCAUGGCGUAUCUUGAUGAGAGUAUGCAUAUGUAGUAUUUGCCCGCAGAGUGCCUUCUGUCUGUCUGUCUGUCUGUCUGUGUAGCGAGGGAGGACAGCAGAUC